UAUUCAUAACUACCAGAAUCCAAUGCUCCCAUUGGCUAAGACGCGCACCCAAAAGUCUAUAUAAAGCGCGUAGAAAUGGCAGUUCUGGUCAUUGUUGUACUGGGCUCUUACCCAGUAGAUUCUUGAGCUGACCUUCACAGAGCUCCCCCAUAUGAUGCAUUAGAUUGUUGCUCGGGGCUCUGACCCUGACAGAGUUCCCGACAUGUACACAUGUACGCCUUAACUUUACAUUGUAUAUAGUGCGCCCUCUAUUGACCUGAGAUGUAAAUUAUCUCGAAUAAAGUACUAGUGUGUGUGUGUAAGAUACUUGUAUCUGACUCUUUAUUUGAUAAUGUCUCUCAACCCAGAGAGACGUUACAGUACUAUACCAGAUGCUCCUGCUCAUGAUGUACAGCAGCAGCCGCCCUUGACCAAGAAAACAGCAAAUGUUGAGCAGCCCGAUCAGACAGCGACAGUAUCAACCAAGGAAAGUGUUGAGCCACUCGCGCAGACAUUGAUUGCCCCGACCAAGGAUGAUGAAAUCGAUUCGACAAUAACUAUGUUUCUGGAGUUGGAGGAACACCGGUCCCACGUUGAACGCCUAGAGCAAGAUAUCAUAGCACUUAAAACAGCCUUGGAGAUGCGAGAACAAGAAAAUGCCAGCCUGCAGCAGGAAGUUAUAGACUUAAAAGUGAUUCUUGGUAAUAGAAUUGCGUUUCAGAUCUCAUCUAAGACAUCUGGCCAGGCCGCUGACUGCACAUCAAAUUCGAACAGCGAGUUUGACAGCUCAAGCAUAUUGGAGUGCUCAUCACCAAUCCCUACUUGUGACUCUCCAUGUUAUGACUUGGAUGACAAUGUUCCCAUGGUUACUGGUAAAUAUAUAUUUAUAUAUAUGUGUAUAUACAUCCAAUGA